AUGCUUUCCACACCGACUUAUAGGGUAUGUGUCCCAUCACUGACACGUCCUUCUCCUGGGCCUCGACCAUCAUCUCCGCAUACCCCCAUUAACAUCCUCGAAGCCCCAUUGCGGAGAACCCUGGUGCCUUACGCUGCAGGAUCGAAAUCUGAUCUAGGAUGCAAGUUGGUCCUCUUCGCUAGGACUUUAUCCCAGCGUGACGGGGAGCGUAAUUGUCAGCAGGUCUCACUGACAGCUAUUCAGGCCCAUAUCAAGAAUACAAUUCCAGAACCUUAUUUUAUCAUGAGUGAUAAGGAUAAGCAAAAGCCCCCGAUCCCGCCAUCAGUGUCCCUGAUAUCAGGCGGCAUAGCCGGCGGCGUCGAAGCAGUCACCACCUAUCCCUUUGAAUUCGCCAAGACCCGAGCCCAACUACGCAACGUUCCCGGAGAGAAGUCCCCGCGAAAUCCAUUCAGCGUUAUCACUAAAGUAUACCGACACGAGGGCGUUCGCGCGCUUUAUAAAGGAUGCGGCGCGUUGGCUUUCGGGAGCGUUGGAAAGGAUGCAGCUCGGUUCCUCUCAUUCGACACGGUGAAGAAUACCUUCAAAGACCCGGAAACCGGCGCGCUCACGCCGAUGCGGAAUAUGUUGGCUGGCAUGGCUGCUGGUGUGGUAGCUAGUAUCUUCGCCGUCACGCCCACCGAGCGGAUCAAAACAGCGCUUAUAGACGAUGCUCGCGGGGCGCGAAAAUAUCUCUCUACAAUGCAUGCAGUACGCUUGAUUUUCCAUGAAGAUGGAUUUGUCGGUCUCUACCGGGGAUUCGUAGGGACGACGCUGAAGCAAGCUUCGGCUACGGGGUUUCGAAUGGGGUCCUACAAUAUCCUCAAGGAUAUCCAGGAAGCUCGACAUAUCAAGCAGAACACGGCAGUUAAUUUCAUUAAUGGGUCGCUGGCGGGGAUAAUCACGACCCUAUGCACGCAACCUUUUGAUACUCUGAAGACGAGAUCCCAAUCGGCGCAGGUGACGACGACGACGCAGGCAAUUAAGGGUAUUUUGAAAGAUGAUGGGAUUCGGGGGUUCUGGAGGGGGACUAUCAUGAGGUUAUCAAGAACUGUGUUUAGCGGAGGCAUUUUGUUCACAACAGUAGAGGCUGUUUCGAAGGUUAUAACUCCUGUUUUAUCACCAACAGGCCGUAGUGAGACUUCGCUGCAUCUCUAG